CUUGCCCAACUCCUCCGAGUGUCUCGCACGACUUUGUGGAAAUUUGUUCGUCAACAUGGUCUUCAACAAUGCUUCACAACAAUUAGUGAUGCUGAUCUCGAUCAACUCGUGAAGGUUUUCAAGGAACGCAAACCAGAAUCAGGAUUCCGUUACCUUGUUGGCUUCCUUCGGCACCAAGGAGUUCAAGUCCAGCAGCACCGUGUUUGGCAGUCCUUGCGCCGAGUUGAUAGAUUAGGACAAAGGCUGAGAGAACGACGUGUUACCAGACGACGAAAAUACCGAGUUGCUCGACCAAAUGCGCUUUGGCAUGUAGAUGGUCAUCACAAGCUCAUUCGGUGGUGUUUUGUUGUCCAUGGAUUUAUUGAUGGGUAUAGGGCUGUUCACCGUACACCGUACGACGGGACUUUACGGGGCCGUAAUACGGUCACCGUACCCGUACCGUUGGUUGUUUCAACCUUGAGUUGA